CCCAACCACGUGACGGCGGCGUCACGUGCAGCGCGAGCGCGUCUCCGUCACGUGGCGCGCUCCCCUGCACCAAUCCCCUGUCACGUGACCAGCCGUCCGAUUUCUAAUUUCUCUCCUCGGAAGACCACCGUCUCGUGAAAUAUUUACCAUCAAUUUAAGCAAAGACUGAGCGUCUGAAAGAAAGGAAGAGGUGUUUUUAUUUGCCGUAGCGUAGAGAACGCAAGACAAAUCGACACGCCGCUGCAGGUGUUGUCGGGGUGCAGGUUUUGGACGCCCCGGCCUCUUGAGCUCGGCCAGGGAGAGGUGAAAGUGAGCCGGCCGGCUUCGGUAGGCGAGGUCGAGGCUUCGGCCUACAGGCGUCCUCUGGAUCUCGGGGAGAGGGAGGCGAGGGCGGACGCGGGCGACCAUGGUGGACUUCCUCGCCGAGAAUAACCUGUGCGGGCAGGCGAUCCUACGGGUUGUGUCUCGCGGGAACGCCAUCAUCGCCGAGCUGCUGAGGCUCGCCGAGUUCGUGCCACCCGUGUUCCGCCUGCGGGAGCGCGCGGAGAUCGCCAAAUACGGGGAGCUCGUGUGCGACUUCUCCUACUUCAAGACCAGCGAGCUGUUGGAUAGCCGAAUAGAUGCCAAACCUGAGCUGCAAGACCUGGACGAGGAGAUCCGAGAGAAUUACAUCGAAAUCCUCACACGCUUCUACUUGGCCUUUGAGAGUGUGCACAAGUACAUUGUGGAUCUCAACAGAUACCUGGAGGAUUUGUUUGAAGGGGUGUACAUUCAGCAAACCCUGGAGAGUGUGCUUCUCAAUGAGGAUGGAAAGCAACUCAUGUGUGAAGCACUCUACUUGUACGGAGUGAUGUUGCUGGUGAUUGAUCAACGGAUCGAGGGUGAGGUGCGGGAAAGAAUGCUCGUCUCCUACUACAGAUACAGCGGGGCUCGCUCCUCGGCCGACUCGAACAUCGACGAUGUCUGCAAGCUGCUGCGCAGCACGGGAUUUUCGUCGGCGCCCGGCUCGCGCCGCCCGGUCGGGUACCCCGAGAGCUACUUCCAGCGCGUGCCCGUGAGCGAGACGUUCAUCAGCAUGCUCAUUGGACGCCUGCGCUCUGACGACAUCUACAACCAGGUGUCGGCGUAUCCCUUGCCAGAGCAUCGGAGCACGGCGCUUGCCACGCAGGCCGCCAUGCUCUAUGUGCUGCUGUACCUGCAGCCCUCGACGCUGCACACGCAACAGGCCAAGAUGCGCGAGAUCGUCGACAAGUACUUCCCCGACAACUGGGUGAUCAGCGUGUACAUGGGCAUGACUGUGAACCUCAUGGAGGCCUGGGAGCCAUACAAAGCGGCCAAGACUGCGCUCAACAACACCCUGGAGCCGGGGAACAUUCGCGAGCAGGCAUGCCGCCACGCGCGCAAGCUGGACGGCGUGAUGAAGGAGGUGAGGCAGUACCUGACGGAGGGCGUGCUCAUGCAGGAGUUCGUCCUCGACUCCAUCCCCAAGCUGCUGCACUGCCUGCGCGACUGCAACGUCAGCUUGCGCUGGGCCAUGCUGCACGCGGCGGAGUCAGCUUAUGAUUCCAGCAAUAAGAGGUCCCGGCAGGUGCGAGAGCAGGUGAUGGCUGACUGCAAGUACCGACCGGACACCAUGUUCCAGCUGCUGCUCAACACGGCUCAGCUGGAGUUUCAGCUCAAGGAGAUGUUCCGGCUGAUGCUGGCGGAGAAACAGCUCAAGUGGGAGAGCUUCCGGAGCGAGGCAGCGGAGAGGAUGAUUGAGAUGGCCGAGGUGUUCUCCGGCACCAAGCCGCUCACGCGCGUCGAGAAGAACGAAAACCUCCAGGCGUGGUUCCGGGAGAUGGCCAAGCAGAUCUCGUCUCUGGGAUCGGAGGAUGCGACUGCGGCGGGGCGCAAGACUGUGCAGCUGAUUCAGGCGCUGGAGGAGGUCCAGGUGUUCCACCAGCUGGACACCAACAUGCAGGUGUGCCAAUUCCUGGCGGACACGCGUCGCUUCCUGCACCAGAUGAUUCGCACCAUCAACAUCAAGGAGGAGGUGCUUAUCAGCAUGCAGAUCAUCGGCGACCUCUCCUAUGCCUGGGAAAUCAUUGACAGCUAUACUCGCAUUAUGCAGGAGGGCAUCAAGAAGGACCCCUUUAUGGUCACGAGGCUUCGAGCCACCUUCCUCAAGCUGGCAUCUGCACUGGACCUGCCCCUGCUGAGGAUCAACCAGGCCAACAGCCCAGAUCUCAUGAGUGUGUCCCAGUACUACUCGGGCGAGCUUGUCUCCUACGUACGCAAGGUGUUGCAGAUAAUCCCGGAGACAAUGUUUGGCCUCCUGGCCCAGGUGAUCCAGCUGCAGACGCACAACAUUUUGGAGGUUCCGACGCGUCUCGACAAGGACAAACUGCGCGAGUGCGCACAGCUGGAGGCUCGCUACCAGGUGGCCAAGUCGACACAUGCCAUUUCCGUGUUCACCGAAGGGAUCCUGAUGAUGAAAACCACAUUGGUGGGCAUCAUAAAGGUGGAUCCCAAGCAGCUGCUGGAGGACGGCAUCAGGAAGGAGAUGGUGAAGCAGGUGGCGGCCGCACUGCACACUGGCCUCACGUUCAACCCCAAGGCCAAGUCGAGCGAGCUGAUGCCCAAACUACACGACUUGGCCGCCCGCAUGGAUGGCUUCCGCCGCUCGUUUGAGUACAUCCAGGAUUACGUGAGCGUGUACGGCCUCAAGAUCUGGCAGGAGGAGGUGUCGCGCAUCAUCAACUACAACGUGGAGCAGGAGUGCAACAGCUUCCUGCGCACCAAGGUACAGGAUUGGCAGAGCAUCUACCAGUCGACUCACAUCCCCAUCCCCAAGUUUCAGCCCACGGAUGAAUCGGCCACCUUCAUCGGACGCCUGUGCCGUGAAAUCCUUCGCAUCACAGACCCCAAAACGACGUCCUACGUGGAUCAGUUGAGCAUCUGGUACGAUGGUCGCACAAAGCAGGAGCUCACAAACAGCCGCCUCUUCUCCGAGGUCCAGAAGAGCCUUGGAACCUUCGGUCUCACUGGGCUCGACCGUCUGCUGAGCUUUAUGAUUGUUCGGGAGCUGCAGAAUGCGGUCGAGUACCUGCAGAAGAAUGUGCUGAAGGAUAAGGUGCUCAUGGACUCGUUUACUGCGUUCAUGAAGACUGCCAACCCCAUCAAGGGCAUACUUGCCAACGCAAGCAAAGUGUAUUCAUCCGCCACAUCAAAGUCACAGAAAAUCUGGCCUGGCUACAUGGACAUCAUCCUCAAGGUUGGGCAGCUUCAGCUGCUAAGGCGACAGAUGGCUCAUGAGCUCAGCUACUCCUGCAAACUCGACUCCAAGACUCUAUUUGGAGCACUUAUGACACUUAACAAGGCCCUGCUGGCAGACGUGCAGGCCCACUACGCCGAGCCGAGCCGCCCGUACCCACGAGAGGACAACCCCCUGCUCUUCGAGCUCACCUCUUACCUGGAGGCGGCGGGGAUAAACAACCCUCUAAACAAGAUUUACAUCACAACCAAGCGGCUGCCGCAUUUCCCACUCAUUAACUUCCUGUGCGUCAUUGCGCAUCUACCCAAGCUACAGUACAGCAAGGCAGUGGGCAUGGUGAGCAGGCGGGCGGGUGAUGGGCUGGACUGGCCGCCCAUGGUGGUGGGAAUGCUCACAUUGCUCAAGCAGUUCCACUCGCGCAACACCGAGCAGUUCCUGGCACUGCUGGGCCAGUUAGUGCGCUCCUUACUGGAGCAGUGCACGACCAGCCAAAAAUCUCCAGAGAUGCCUUCGGAUGUGGUUGGAACCCUCGUGUUCCUAGAAGAUUUUGUGCACUACACACAGCUCACGAGACAGGUGAUCGAAGCCCACGUCCCGAGCUACAUCCUGGACGAGUUCAGGCAUGUUGCUCAGUAGCGGUCGUGCCACUCAAGCGAGACGUUGUGCCAAGAUGUCACGUGUACGUGAUGGCGGAUUUGGCGAGCAGUCAAAACGUACGGUCUUCAUCAUCUGUGCUGUUAUCAAGACAGCUGAUUGAAAUUUACGUCUUUGGAAAUAUUUGUAUUCUUUUUUUGUUUCUCUUUUUGAUUGGGCGUGUCACUAAUGCGUACGCAUCAUUGUGUGAACUUGGACAUGGGCAUGAUCCAGAGUGAUGACCUCUAUUAAGAGUUUUUGCCACUUGCGUACACUAAUGUAUUUUGUCCUCCCAUUUCUGGUCAAGACCAGGUACAUAUGACGUUAUAUGUGUCUUAGAUAAAUGUGUACCUCAUGCACAAAAUAAUUUGGGGUAGGACUCGCGCUGUAUUUCAAAUGUGUGGGGUGUCUUCUUUGGUACCAAAUCUUCAAAUCGAUAGGCGAAGCCCUGUUUUUAUGAAGUAGAACCAAUUGGAAAUCAAAACAAUUUCUACAAUGCGAGUUGGUGUAUCAUAAUGUAUGUUAUCUGUCAGUCACACGAUGCGAGAAUUCACAUUUUUGUAAAUUGAGUUAUAAUUCGAUUUACAAUUUUGAGUGGGGUGGAAGGAAUACUAAGUGUAAAUGAGAACAGGACAACACAGCACUUGCAUGAAAUGCCACAGUGCCACUAAGCACACCUUGGUGCACCUUGGCACACCCAAUUUAUCUUUAAUCUUGCUGCACAUAUUAAACCAUGGAUAAAAUGUACAGGGGUGUUGCCCAUCUUGUGAGUAACUGUGCAUUGAUUGGCCAAAAAUAGCAUCUGAUGUCACCUUUGAUGUCGAUUACAUAGAGACAGGAACAGCAGACCUGUGGCUGGUGAGACGUCUGGUCAAGAAUAGCCCCACCCCUGGGUGGCAAGAGUUCAAAGAAAUAAGCCGGCACCGACUGAGACCCCGAGUUAAAUUUGGGUCUGCCGUUCACGUUUUAAACAAGGUUCUCAAAUUGAAUGAGAUAAUGGUUUCAGCCCAGUCACUAAUCUUCCAUUAUGGCCUUGGGGUUGUCUGCUUGGAUUUUCUCUCUCCAUGUUACCCUCUUUAUCCAUCUCCUCCCGCCCUGCUCCGGAACCUUCUGCCCUGACACUUUCCUCCGUUUGUCUUUGCGCAUACUUUCUCAGUUGCUUCCACCUCUGCAUUUUUUCAUAUUGUUCUGUUGCACUUUGCCUCCAUCUGGCAUAAAUGUUUCCUUUCUCCUUGAAUACAUCUCAUCUUCAGACCUGUUGAAAUUUUCCCCAUUUAGUUUUCAGAUUUGUAUUUUCUUUUUCCUUAAUGAAUUUCAUUUUCAUCUAUUACAGAGGAGGUAGUAUAAUUUGCGGGAUCUCAGCAUUAGUUCUGUAACCUUUGCUUCUGCCAGGCAUUCUCUAAAAUGGUGGGGAGGCACUGCCUGGGAGUAUUCCAAAUGGAUUAAUGUAAUGACAUGAAACUGAAAGCAUAAUUGAUACUCACUCUUUGGUUCUUUCGGUAAAGUCACGUAGGUAUAGAAUAAAAUAAAUCACGACGUUUCUACCCACGUGACUUUACCGAAAUAACCAAAGAGUAUGGAUUCCUGCAGUCACGAAAGCUUCAAAUCAAUAUUAUAAUUGAUACUUAUAUAUAGUUAUUGAUAUUAAAUAAGGAUAGCCCCACCCACAGAGUAAGGAACUGGCAGCUGAAAUGACGCUGCAGUGAGGUCAUGUGUAUGAGUGUCCAGUUGGCCAUGAUAGUGCGUCAGUACAAAUUGUCUCACAUUACAAUACAGUUGAAUGACUUCACUGUUACGACGCACUCCACGCAGAGCGGCCGCAAAUAAUUUAUAAUCGUAAUUAUCCUAAUGGUAAAUACGAAUUACUGUCAGCAUGUAUUUAAACUAUGUGGGAUAUGAAUUGUGAAUAUAUACAUGACAAACAAAGUGAACAUUGCCCGAGGACACACCGAAAGCAGCUCGCAAUCGUAACCAGCCUCCCCGCACCCUUUAUAAUUUCAACUUAAGUUCUCUUUUACGUCCACAUCUACACGGUGCUGACACUGACUCUUAAAAGCCAACUUUUAUUUGGGUAGAAAAUCUUUGAAGCGUUAAUUGCCUUAAGGAGGUUUAUCCAAGAGCUGACAAGUCACUCAUUUACAUUGGACUUUCUGUUUCAUCAGCUUAAGGGUUGUGGCAGAUGUCACUGAUACCACAAACACUGCUCCUAUUGUCUGUUUGGAGCAAGAUUUUCACUUUAAUUUUUUUCUGUUGAGCAAUUGUCUGUAAAUACAGUAUAUUACACGUUAAUUUUAUUCCUCAUUUCCUGUUGAUUAUUGCCUGAAUACUCUUGUGAAUUAGAUGUCAUCUUAAAAAGAAUCGGACACAUAUGUUGCCCAUGAAAGCUAAUACAUUUAACAUAUUUGAUGAGUAGUAUAUAAUUUCGAAGUUUUAUAUGUCUAAGCCUACACACAAAAUAAAAUGACAUCUUUUCAAGUAAA